AAUAAAUGAGUGGAAUAGUUGGUUAUAACAGCGGUUGGGAAAAACAAAAAUGCAAGCGUAAGAUGAUCAUGUAUUUGAUUCAUUGUUUUCCAACAUGGUGGCAACGUUCAUCAACGUUUGCAAAAAUAUCUAGAAAUAAAAAGAGGUAGUUAAUUAGCAACUCUUGUUUUGAACUUGUUCAACUGUCCUUUAUUCCAAUUUUAAUGAGGAAAAGGCUGCAAAAUAUUUUGGGUUCUUUAAGCGAUUACGGUGAUCGGAUUCGUGAUCAUGCUCACAGCACCGGUUCAUCUUCCACUUCACAAAUACCUGCUGCUGUUCCCGCUCCCGCUGGUAUGCAACAUUUUCAUUACGGUAAUCAAGCUCCGCGAUACGACAAUUGUGGCACCAUGGCUCAUCCUCCUGUCCGAUUGCAUAUUCAAGAUCGCCAUGUGGUGAUGGACAAUGGCAUAGUUCAAGUCACCUUAUCAAAACCUGAGGGUAUUGUUACUGGCAUACGGUAUAAUGGCAUUGAUAAUUUGCUCGAAGUUCUCAAUCGUGAAACAAAUCGGGGGUACUGGGAUCUUUUCUGGAAUGAACCAGGAGGCAAGGGAAUAUUUGAUGUGAUUAGUGGAACAAAUUUUAGGGUGAUUGUUUCAGAUGAGGAGCACGUCGAACUCUCGUUUACAAGAAUGUGGGAUCCCUCUCUGGAGGGCAAAUACAUUCCACUAAAUAUAGAUAAAAGGUUUAUAUUGCUCCGUGGUUCUUCAGGCUUUUACUCUUAUGCAAUCUAUGAGCACCUGCCGGAGUGGCCAGGUUUUGAACUUGGUGAAACCAGGAUUACUUUUAAACUAAGAAAAGACAAGUUUCAGUACAUGGCAGUUGCAGAUAACAGGCAAAGACCAAUGCCUUUACCUGAUGACCGUAUGCCAGGAAGAUGUCAAACAUUGGGUUAUCCAGAAGCUGUCCUACUUGAUAAUCCUAAGAAUCCAGAGCUUAAAGGAGAGGUGGAUGACAAGUAUCAAUAUUCUUGUGAGAACAAAGAUAAUCAGGUCCAUGGGUGGAUAUGUUUUAACCCACCAGUGGGGUUCUGGCAAAUUACACCAAGCAAUGAGUUCCGAACUGGUGGGCCCCUCAAACAAAACCUGACCUCACAUGUUGGCCCCACCACCCUUGCUAUGUUUCAUAGUUCACAUUAUGCUGGAAAAGAUCUUGUUCCAAGGUUUAAUCCCGGAGAGCAUUGGAAGAAAGUUUUUGGCCCAGUUUUCAUCUAUUUUAAUUCUGCAUUACCUGGUUAUGAUCCUCGUUUCUUGUGGGAAGAUGCCAAAUUUCAGAUGAUGGCUCAAGUUCAGAGCUGGCCAUACAGUUUCCCAGCCUCUGAGGAUUUCCAAAAGUCAGAACAACGAGGGAACAUUUGUGGUAGACUACUGGUCAAAGACAGGUAUUUGAGCGAGGACUAUAUUUUUGCCAAUGGAGCUUAUAUAGGGGCGGCCCCACCAGGUGAUGUUGGAUCAUGGCAGAAAGAAUGCAAGGACUACCAAUUUUGGACAGUGGCAAAUGAUACCGGCUAUUUCUCCAUUAGGAAUGUUUGUACUGGGGACUACAAUCUUUUUGCAUGGGUCCCUGGGUUUAUUGGAGAUUACCGAUGUGAAGCUGCCAUUACCAUAACCUCAGGUUGUAAUAUUGAUGUGGGUGAUAUUGUGUAUGAGCCUCCAAGAGAUGGACCCACGCUAUGGGAAAUUGGCAUCCCUGAUCGUUCCGCUGCAGAGUUUUAUGUUCCUGAUCCUGAACCGAUGCAUGUCAAUAAAUUACUUGUUAACCAUCCUGAAAGGUUCAGACAGUAUGGAUUGUGGGCCAGAUAUACGGACUUAUAUCCUGAUGCAGACUUGGUUUAUACAGUUGGUCUCAGUAACUAUAGCAAAGAUUGGUUCUUUGCACAGGUUGUGAGGAGGAAAGAUGACGGUACACAUGUAGGUACAACAUGGCAAAUCAAGUUCAAACUAGACAAAGUUGAUCAGAAGAAUAGUUACAAGUUACGCGUGGCACUUGCAUCUGCGACUCUGGCAGAACUGCAGGUUCGGGUCAAUGACCCAAAUGCCGCACGCCCUUUGUUUACUACUGGGCUAAUAGGUAGAGAUAACUCAAUUGCAAGACACGGGAUACACGGACUCUACUGGCUCUACAAUGUGAACAUAGCAGGUGCGCGGUUAGUUGAUGGGGAGAAUACAAUCUUCUUGACACAACCAAGAUGCGGCAGCCCUUUCCUGGGACUAAUGUAUGACUACAUUCGUCUUGAAGGUCCUAUAUCAUAAUAUGAUCCACAAAACAAAGCUUCAUGUUCAUAUAAUUUAUAUGGUUCAGUGAUUAAAGCUUCAUGUUCAUAUAAUUUAUAUGGUUCAGUGAUCAAAGCUUCAUGUUCAUAUGAUUUAUAUGGUUCAGUUUGAUUUGCGACUUGGGUUGAUGUAUAGUCUUAUAAAUAGUCAUGCUGCUUACUUACAGGAGGAGUUUGCAUUAUAUAAUUGUAAUCACCAUUAAAGGAUGACCUAUAAUUUAUAGGGUUGUGCAUUCUGUUUAAAUCGAACCGAAUCAAAAUUUUGAUGUAUUACAAUAUUAAAUUCUGUUUUAACUUUUUUAAAUAAUAUAUAAAUUUGUUUCGAGUC